AUGGUCGACGGAUUACGUCUUCUUCUUGACGUUCAUCAGGACGACUAUAUGCCAACAACAGAAGCGGCUGGUGUACGUAUUGUUGUUCAUGAACAGGAUCAAGAACCGUUUCCGGACACCUUCGGGUACAGUGCGCCGACAGGAUUUGUGUCGUCAUUUGGGUUGAAGACGAAAGUGCUUCAUAGAAUGGAUGCUCCAUAUGGGGCAUGCAGCGACACGUUUCGGCCGGAGCGGUACAUCUAUGAGGAACAUUAUUCUCCUGAAGGUUGCCAUCGGAGCUGUUUUCAACUGAAAGUGCUCGAUCAGUGUGGUUGUGGCGAUCCACGAUUUCCGCUACCAUCCGAUGGGAAGCGAUAUUGCAGUGCGAAAAGUGUUGCUGACAGACAAUGCCUUUCGAAACUAAUCAGUGCCUCUGGUGGCUACCACCAUCUGCAACUCGAGUGCGAUUGUCGACAACCGUGUACGGAGAACGUAUUCGAAACCGCCUACUCAGCAGCUGCAUGGCCGUCUGUAAACUUCAAGAUCGGUGUCGAUUGUCCGGCCGUCCUCGACAUUUUCAACGACACCGCCGCUUGUACCGAGUACUACAGAGUGAACACAGCAUAUAUCGAGAUUUACUACGAGCAGCUGAAUUUCGAAACGCUGAGGGAGACAGCUGGUUAUACGAUGGUCAACCUGUUCUCCGAUUUCGGUGGCAACAUCGGUCUAUGGAUUGGGUUCUCCGUGAUCACUAUAUGUGAAAUCAUCGAACUUAUUUUUGAGAUUGGUUAUUACCUGCUUUACAUCAAGCCAGUUCGGUGA